AUGUCAUCCAUCAACGGUGUUUCUCACAUGGAUAUUCUUAAACCUACUGACUAUGAUGAAAAUCCUGCUAGAUAUAAAAAAGUAAGUGUCGUCAUUGUGUCUGAUACACAUAAAAACCAUCGACGAUUGGCGAUUCCCAAUGGUGAUAUACUUUUACACUGUGGAGAUUUUUCGAAUCGACAUGAUUGGUAUAAUUUAUCCGAUGAAAAUCCAAUUCCAAAAUCAAUCGUUGAUUUCAAUCAAUGGUUAGGCACAUUACCACAUCAACACAAAUUUGUCAUUGGUGGAAAUCAUGAAAUUGGCUUUGCACAACUUUCCCUUGAGGAUAUUCAAUCGAAACUGUUAACAAAUUGUAAAUAUCUACAAGACGAAUUGGUCGAAGUUGAAGGAAUAACAAUCUAUGGCUCUCCAUGGCCGUUCACUCAAUCUUAUCGUUCAAAAUGGUCUUCUAUUCCAGACCACAUUGAUGUUUUGAUGACGCAUGUACCACCGCAGUAUAUCUUAGAUUUAGCUUAUCAACCGAAGAAGGCUCCGAUCACAGAACCUUGUGCAAUGUGUGAUGAUAAAGUUCACGGAUCUUAUGGACACUGGGGCUCGCGAAGCUUAAAACGCGCGGUUCUGGAAAGAAUUCAGCCACGUGUACAUUGUUUUGGUCAUGUUCAUGACGAUCCAGGUUAUAAAUAUGAGAAUAAUACACUUUUUAUUAAUGCAGCUGCUAAUCUGACGCAUCAAUCGUUCAAACUUAACUUUUAUGUUGAUUUAAAUAAACAGGAAUAUGCUCAGUAA